AUGACCCCAAAAAAUAAGUAUACAGGGUUUUGUUUCCAUGAUGGAAAAACAUGUGAAAUUGACAGAAUCCAUGAAAAUAUAACUGCAGAGAAAUUUUAUCUAGAUUAUAUUUUAAAAAGAAAACCAUGCAUACUAAAAAGUGAAUAUGUAAUUAAGAAUAAAUUGAACAUUGAUUUAAAUUUUAUGAAAGAAAAAAUACAGGAUAUAAACGUACAUUUAGAAAAGAGGAUAUCGAAUUCUUUUGGAACUGGAAAAAAAAAAAAAAUGAAGUUUCAUAAGUUUUUAUCAUUAUUAGAAAAAGGAAAUAAGAAAUAUUAUUUGAAUACUCAAUACGUAAAAGAAAAUGCAUAUCAUCCAAAAGAUUUUUGUAAUACCAUUACACGUCAAAUGAUUAAUUAUCUUCCUAAAGAAUUAGAAAUUAUGGGUAAUUUAGAAAUUUAUCAAUAUAAUAUCUGGUUAGGAAAUAAUAAAAGCACAAAAUUAAAAACAUAUUUACAUCACGAUUAUCAUGAUAAUAUAUAUGUCCUGUUAAAAGGAAAGAAAACCUUCAGAAUAUAUAGUCCUAACUUUGCUUACCGUUUAAAAACAAAUGGGAAAAUUUUUAAAGUUCAUAAAAAUGGUUUAAUUACCUAUUUGCCAUUUAUUAGAAGUGAUGGAUCACAUAUUUUAGACGUAUACAAGAAACAGAUGAAUAAAAUAUACAACGAAAUUAACAUAAUGAAUGAAGUUUUAAACAAAAAAGACCCUUUAGUUGACAACCAAACAAUAGAAGAUUCUAUAAAUAAGGCAGAAGAAAAAUUAAAUUUAUUAGAAGAAAAUAUUUUAAAUUACAAAUUAAAAAAACAUAACUUUCACCGUCAACCAAAUGCUAGACAAGACAUCCCGAAUCAUUUUUGUCUUAUUCAUACAAGGAAAAGGAAAGAAGAUGAAAAUAUCUUUGAUAAAAAGACAAAUAUAAGGAAAAAAUACAUUGAAGUUAAUUUGAAUGAAGGAGAUAUAUUGUACUUACCAUGCGGCUGGUUUCAUGAAGUUAAAUCUUUUUCAAGCGAAGAACAAUAUCAUUUAGCAUUUAAUUAUUGGUAUUAUCCUCCUUAUAUAAAGAUGAAUAAAUCAACAAAUGUUGAAAAUAAGUUUGAUAAUCCUUAUGUGGACAAAUAUUUAAGCGAAAGAAAUAUUAAGUUAUAUAAAAAGAUUGGAAUUUACAAACAAAAGAAUUCAAAUUUAACGGAAAUUUUAUCAUACUAUAAGAAUAUGAAAAUCAAAAAAAUAAAAAUUAAAAAAAAUAAAAAAAGGAAAAAUGGAUUAGAUUUAAAAAAGAAAAAAAAAAUAAAGUUAGAUAAUACUUAA